CGCCGCCCUUCAUCGACCUCCACCCAUUGGAUUUUAGGAAUAAAGAUUCCUGUUGGGAAAUAUUCCCCCAAUUCCCCCCCUCCUCCUCCCAACAACAAUCUGGUCGAUCACUCCCGCCAAACCAAAACAAAAACACAGUUCAGUUCGAUCCCAAUCCGAUCCCACAAAAACAGAGAAAGAACCCAACACCACCCCAGUUCAGUUCGAUCGCCGUUUGCCAAUCACCCAGACCGGAAGGAAACGAUGGCUUUCAACCUAGCUCAGAGCCCCGCCGCCGCGGCGUCCCUCGCGCCCGGCACCCCUCGCUGCGCGCCGCCGCCGGCGCCCGCGUCCGUCUCCGUGAGGAAGGCCGGCAGCGCGCCGUCGGGCAGCCUUAGGCUGCAGAGGCAGGCGUGCUGCGAGCCGUUGGUGGCGCCGGCGCGUCCCGUGGCGUGCCGGGCCGCGGCGGCGGCGGCGGCGGCCGAGCGCGCCUCGAGGAGGAGUGCAGGGGUGCCGGUGUUCGUCAUGAUGCCGCUCGACACCGUCAAGAAGUGCGGCACCACGCUGAACCGCCGGAAGGCCGUCCAGGCGAGCCUGGCGGCGCUCAAGAGCGCGGGCGUCGAGGGCGUCAUGGUGGACGUGUGGUGGGGCAUCGCCGAGAGCGACGGCCCCGGGAGGUACAACUUCGCGGGGUACAUGGAGCUCAUGGAGAUGGCGCGAAAGACGGGGCUCAAGGUCCAGGCCGUCAUGUCCUUCCACCAGUGCGGCGGCAAUGUCGGCGACUCCGUCACCAUCCCGCUGCCGCGCUGGGUCCUGGAGGAGAUGGAGAAGGACCGGGACCUCUGCUACACCGACCAGUGGGGCGGCCGCAACUGCGAGUACGUCUCGCUCGGCUGUGACGCCAUGCCCGUCCUCAAGGGCCGCACCCCCGUCGAGUGCUACACCGACUUCAUGCGCGCCUUCCGCGACCACUUCGCCGUCUACCUCGGCAACACCAUCGUCGAAAUCCAAGUCGGCAUGGGCCCCGCCGGCGAGCUGCGCUACCCGUCCUACCCGGAGAGCAACGGCACCUGGAGGUUCCCCGGCAUCGGCGCCUUCCAAUGCAACGACAGGUACAUGCUUAGCAGCCUGAAGGCGGCGGCGGCGGCGGCCGGCAAGCCGGAGUGGGGCCACGGCGGGCCGACCGACGCCGGCAGCUACAACAACUGGCCGGAGGACACCAUCUUCUUCCGCCGCGAGAACGGCGGGUGGAGCACCGAGUACGGCGACUUCUUCCUGUCGUGGUACUCGCGGAUGCUCCUGGAGCACGGUGACCGCGUCCUCACCGGCGCGACGUCCGUGUUCUCCGCCUCGCCCGUCGAGAUCUCCGUGAAGGUGGCCGGCAUCCACUGGCACUACGGCACCCGGUCGCACGCGCCGGAGCUCACCGCGGGGUACUACAACACGCGGCACCGCGACGGGUACCUCCCCAUCGCGCGCCUGCUGGCGCGCCACGGCGCCGUGCUCAACUUCACCUGCGUGGAGAUGCGCGACCACGAGCAGCCGCGGGACGCGCAGUGCAUGCCCGAGGCGCUGGUGCGGCAGGUGGGCGCCGCGGCGCGCGCCGCCGGCGUGGGCCUGGCCGGCGAGAACGCGCUCCCCCGGUACGACGGCACGGCGCACGACCAGGUGGUGGCCACGGCCGCCGAGCGCGCCGCCGAGGACCGGAUGGUGGCGUUCACGUACCUGCGCAUGGGCGCCGACCUCUUCCACCCGGACAACUGGCACCGGUUCGCCGCCUUCGUGCGCCGCAUGAGCGGCGCCGGGUCGUGCCGGGAGACCGCGGAGCGGGAGGCGCGCGGCGUGGCGCAGGCCACCGGGUUGCUGGUGCGCGAGGCCGCCGUCGCGCUGCGGAGCUGACCGCGACCGAAUCCGAUCGCUUUGUGUAGGGGUUGGGAGGGAGCUCGGGGUUUGGCUUUCCUUGGGAGGGAAGCGCGCUCGGAGAUCGAGAGCGAGCGAUCUCUCGAGCAGGCUACGCGUUGACGAGAUUGUGACGAGGCCGGGAGGGAUAGGGAGGGGAGGACAAAAAAGAUGUCUUUUUUUUUUGUCACGUUACAGGCUCCGACGGUCGCCGGAGCUUGUUGGGGGAAUAUGACCAUCUCCGGCAGAAAUCCGUAGAAACCGCUGUGUUCUUGCACGAAACUGGCUGAUUCGGUGCUGCUUCCAAACAGUCUUGUUUCUCCUCUUAUCUGCUCUGCUCUGCUGCGCGCUGUUGCUUGGCCGGACGAUAGGCUGCUAGAGGUCGACGGCCUGAGUCUGAGCCGGCCGCAACUUUCUUUUGGAUGUCUGUAAAUCUCUAUUUCAAUAGAAAGGAAAAUUGCAUCCAUUCAAA